AUGGGAUGGUAUGAUGGCGGUGAUAUGUUGCUGGAAGAGGAGCAUCAGGUGCGUGUUGGUGAGAAUGCAUUAGUUACAAGCAUUGCGUUUGCACUAUUCUGGGCCAAUUUCGGGGUGUCGUGGUAUAUUUCCAAUCGCCGCGUACCGGAAUUCUCGGGUUUUACCACAGCACAGAAGGCUGACUGGUGUUCUAGAGUGAAUUCAACUAUCCACGCAGUCGUUAUUGUGGUUGGCGUGACGUAUGCCCUUGCAGACAUUAGAUGGUCUAGCGAUUACAUGCCAAUGUCGUCAAUUCGAGCAGCAAGCUUUGUCUUUUCAAUUGCGAUAGGCUACUUUUUGUGCGACUUAAUUAUCAUUAUUGUUUGGCCGGUGCCAAUGCAACUAGUCUUUAUUAUCCAUCACACGGUCGCUGUAGUUCCUUACUUCAUCAACAACUUUAUUUCGUGCUGCGCCGCUUGUCAGUUCGGUCUUCUUGUAUUCCUUCUGGUUGAAUUGGCCACUCUACCACUUAACUUACGCGGUUUUUUGGACGCUCGAGAUCGCCAGGAAUCGAAACAUUACUUGAGUUCCGUCUACACCACAUAUGUUAUCUGGGGCAUCUCGCGCACAGCGCUGCCUAUCUUCUUAAUCUUUAUCAGUGCGCACCUCAUUGCGCUCUUUUGUAUCGGCGUCUUUGUCUUCGUACAUACUCCGGAGGUAAUUCGGUUCAUACGCGAACACCGAAAAGCGCGUGAAGCCAUUGAAUCGUCUGAAGAAGUGAAUAUGAAUACGGAUGAUGCUGAUUUGGUCGAGUCCGGGAUUGACGAAUUGCCUAGCACCAAGGAUCAUAGGCCGAGCAGUAUUCGCAGCCUUACUUUGUCACUGACUAGAUCGAAAGAACCUGUAACAGAUGAUUCGUAUGACAAUAUUGAGCUCGGGGUCAUGCCUCGUAGCGCGCGUGCUCGAGCAACAGCAUAG